UGUUUGGGGGCGUAACCCGGAAGCGUUCUGUCGCUCCGUCGGGCAUCAACGUGCGCGCGCUCCGGCCGUGAGGUGACACGUCCGCCGCUGUAGCUUCGAUUAUAUGAAGUCCGUGUAUAGAGUCGCUGUAGAGUUAAUUAAGUCCAGAAGAGGUCAGAGGUCAACCUCAGCGCGAGGAGCGAUGCGCCAAGAGCUCGAGACCAAAGUGCUGCGUCUGCCGCCGACCUUCUGUGGGCCAUGUGUUCUUCAGGAGGACCGAGCAGAUGCUGCUGAAAUCCUGAGUUGCACAGUGGGGGCUCUGAAGGAGGGUCAUGUGGUCGGCGUGCCCACGGAUACCAUCUACGGGCUGGCCUGUCUGGCCCAGAACUCCGAGGCCGUCCGGAAAACCUACGACAUCAAAGGACGGAAUGGACACAAGCCGCUGGCCAUCUGCGUGGGAGAAAUCCAGGACAUCUACAGGUACUGUAAGGUGAAGGUGAAGGAGGGGCUGCUGGGGGACCUUCUGCCGGGUCCCGUCACUCUGGUGUUUGAAAGGGACCACGUGCUGAACGCGGACCUCAACCCCUUCACGUCACUCGUCGGCGUGCGUAUCCCGGACCACGCCUUCAUGAGACGCCUCUGCCAGAUGUGCGCCGAGCCGCUGGCUCUGACCAGCGCCAACGUCAGCUCGCACGCCAGCACCGUGGCCGUACACGAGUUCGAGGAGCUCUGGCCGGAGCUCGCGGUGGUGGUGGACGGCGGGCCGAUCGGAGACCACAGCCGCCUCGGCUCGACGGUGGUCGACCUGUCGGUUCUCGGCAAAUACCGCGUCAUCAGGCCCGGCUGCGCUCUUGAUUCUACCGUCGACGUGCUGCAACGCAAAUACGGCCUGUCAGAGGAUUCAGGAGGAGGAGGAGGAGGGAGAUGACCUUUGAACUCUCAACACUCUGACCGCUGGCUUCUCCAGAAAAGACGGACUCUCUUAAAAGUGUCUCAUUAUCUUCCAUCUGUUGGGAAUCAUAAGGUCAGCAAGCUUCUACUGAAUUCAUAUUAUUGCAUUUUUCUCUUCAAAAAACACAUAACAGAUUAUACAAUUAUUUUAUUUUUUCCAUAAUGGUUGAAUCUCUUGUAUUUAUUUUAACUGAGGAUUGUAAUCCAAUUGGUCACCUGCAACCGUUAAAAUAACUUUUAAUGUUGGAGCCUGAACAUUAAAGUUUAUAACUGGAGCGUUUUUUAAAUUCUCGUUGCCUGACUAGACUUGUUUUCAUUGCACAAUUACAAUAAGUUAUUUUUUUACAGUAUCAGUCAUAUUAAUGCAUCAUAAAAUAUUUGAGCCAUGUCCUUUAUUGUUAAGUGACUGAUUUUAUUUUCUACUUCGAGAGCAGAAGUCUAUUCUCAAACUUCCCAGUUUGCCUUUUGCUUGAAUAAACAGCAGGUUUUAGAUCUAAAUCCAAUGAGUCCACAG